AUGCAGUUCAAGCUCACCUUCAUCACGGCUCUCUUCGCCGCUUCUGCUAUUGCCGCUCCGACCUCUAGCGGGGCUAGCUGCUCCAAUGCCGCUGUUGCAGCGCUCCAGGGUGCAACCAAGCAGGUUUCAGACCUCAAUUCGAGCCUCGCUGGAACCACCACUGCUGCCUCACUCGCCUCUGCCAUCAUCACAGGAUUGGCGGACAAUCUGUCGACUCUCCUGAACGGAAUUGUCUUGCCCUGUGGAGCUACCUUGACUGCUCAGGACCAGCAUGAAAUCUGCAAUGCUGCUACCACUUUCAUCAACACUGACAAGACUCUUGUCUCAACUCUCAGCUCCAAGGCCGACAUUCUCUCCGGUCACAUCCUCACGAUCAAUGUCCUUGGUGCGAUCAACAACCUCGAGACUGCUACCACCAACUACCUGCGCCCUAUCAUCAACAACUUGCCCGUCUGUGGCGGUACUGUUCAGGCUGAGCUCAAGGCUCUAGAGUCCGACAUCAACGGUGCUGUUGCCGCUUUCUAG